AUGGAGUAGCAAGAAGGAUUCUUCCAAGAAUUGAAACAAAUCUACGAUAUUAAAAUACCCAUUCCAAAACCAUCAGUCAUUUAAUAAGAACAUCCCUAGAAGUUUUUAUUUUAUUUUGAUCUAACAAAUACUCAAAGAUACUCUAAUGAAAUGUCAAAGUUAGCGAUUAAUAAUAGUAAAGAAAGAUAAUGGAAAGGUGGAUAAAUAUUCUAGUUUUAAUUUAAUAAUUAAAAAAGAGAAUAAUAAUCUAUUUUCUGCUAUUACUUCAAUAAUUUACUAUAAGAUGAUGAACAACAAAUUAACAUAAACAAUUUAUUGAGAUUUAGAAUGUUUUUUUAGGAAUUUAUUAAAACUUAAAAUAAUAUUUAGAUAAAAUUUGUGUUUCACUUUCUAAGAAAGAAUUAAAAUGAUAAGCAAUUUGAAGAUCUGAUAAUAAAUUGUAUUUAUUAAAUUCUUGAUGGAUCUUUCGAAAAGUUAUCAGAUAUCAUAUGUGUGUAUAAUAGAGAGAAUGAAGAGGAUAUGAAUUAUUGUAAGAUUUCAUCUAAAAAAAUACAUUUUAAUAAAAGUAAAUUAUAGGAUAAAAUUGACAUUUCUUAUAUUAUUUUAUUGGAUGAAUUUUUGAAUUACUUUUAAAAUAAAUUGGGUGUUCCUAAUUGGAUAGGAUUUAUAUGCUAUAAGUAUGUAUAAUCUUAGGUUGAUGUAGUAUUAAAAGAAUUUGAGAAAGAACUUUUACAACUUUAUAAAGACAUAUUGCUAAUGAUUGAAUUCCCGGUCAAUCUGAAUAAUCAAAUAGACUCUAAUUAAAAUGUUUCACAAUAUUUAGAUAAAUUGAAAACUCUUAUUUCUGAUAUAUGCAUAAUAUUAAAUGAAUAGAACUUUUACGAUAUGGCAUUAUAAUUUAAAAAGGUCAUACAUAUUAAUAGAGAGAAAAUGAUAUAAUAUCUAAACACUAUUGUUAAAGAAAAUACUGAAUUUGAAAUUUAUUUGAAAAUAAAUUAAAAAGAUAAAUAACCUAAUUAAGUGUUUAAUUAAUUGCUUCAAUUUCAAUUUCAAUUACAUAAAUCUGAUAUUGAAAUUUUAGAAAAAUUAAAGAUGUAUUAAUACAAUGAAGAUGUUAUAAAGAAAACUUUGUUUCGGAUUAAGUUGGACAUAAAUUAAUAGUUUAAGUAAUUUGAUUUAUAUCUUCCAUAAAGCUUAGCAUAUGUUAAGAGAAUAAUUCCUCAACAAUAAAAUAUCAAUUUAGAUAAACCACAUGUUUUUGUAUUUGGUAUGGCAAGAGUUGGGAAAAGUACAUUUCUGAAUAUAGUUAAUGAUCCAGAGAAUAUUAUUAUUACUUAGCAUAAGAAGUUUGAUGUAAAAGUAAAGAAUAAUAAAAUUCUGUUGUCUCAUUCAAAUGGUAGUUAAACAUUUUAGACAGAAAAUUUGGAGAUUGGUGAUUUUAUAUUUGUUGAUACUCCUGGAUUACAUGAUACUUAUUAUAUUAAUAGAGGUAUUAAUCAUUUCAAUAUCUUUAAUUCAAUAACUAGAGUAAGUUAACAAAUUAUAUUGUUGAUGAUUGAUGGAGAACAGCUUUAAACAACUAAAAAUGAUUUAAUCGAUUCAAUAACUAUAAUUAAUAACAUGCUAGGAAAAUAAAAAGACGAACAUCUUGAAAAUUUUAUCAUUCCUGUAUUCACUAAAAUUAGAAAUGCUUCUACUAUAGAAGAAAUAAUUAUCAAAUGGUAAACUGAGACAAUGAAAGAUAUUACAGAUCAGAAAUAAUUAAAAAUUUUGAAUAUCAUUAAAAAAGCACUAGAUCAAGAAAAUUAUAUCAAAAUUUAUUAGGCAGAGUGCUAUGAAAUCCAUGAAGAAGUGCAGUAAUUGGAAUCAGAAAUUAAAAAGUUAGAAGCUUAAUAUAUUGAUCUUGAUGAAGAGAAAGUGGAAGACCGCUAGGCACUAAAAGCAUAAAUCAAACUAAAAAGAUAGAAGUUAAAAGAUCUGAGAUAAGAGAAUUUAUUCUUAAAAAAAAUACAAAAUAUUAGGGAAGAUGUUUUAGAGAAAUGUUAAAAUUUGUUACAAAGGAGGGAAGAAAUAUUGUAAGAAAAUUAAGAUAUUGUUUUGAAUUUUGAAUUCUAGUUAACUCCUGAAUUGAAGUAACAUAUAGAUAAGUUAUUACCUCAUCGAACCAAAUUUUAUCAACAUCACUUAACCAUUAUAACAAAUAAUUUAAUUGCUACAAUGCUUUUUGAUGAUUCCAUAAGUAUAAAUGAUAAGGUUAGUGAAUUAUAUAAAUUAAACAAUAUGAAAAUUGACAGAAUUUCAGAUAUACCAGGCAAUCUAAUUAGUUGUGAAAUAUAAAACCAGAUUAAAGAACUUGAUUGUAUUAAAAAUAUCAUGAAAAUAUCUGAUGAAACUAUGGAUCCUUAAAAAGUUGAUUUUAAAUAUUUUUUAACUUAAUGCAGAAUUCUUUUUGAACCUAUUACUGAUUCUGCAUCUAUUCAUCAUGAAGGAACAGAAAUUCUGUAUUAUUCUUGGAAAAAAUUAGGUGAUAUUAAAAAAAUUGGAUGGCUAAUACCUACUGUUUUUGUAGCAUGCUAUCUUAUUCCUGCUAUUUCAAUAUCAGCAGUGUGUGAAUUAGUCAGAAAAANGGAUUAAGUUGGACAUAAAUUAAUAGUUUAAGUAAUUUGAUUUAUAUCUUCCAUAAAGCUUAGCAUAUGUUAAGAGAAUAAUUCCUCAACAAUAAAAUAUCAAUUUAGAUAAACCACAUGUUUUUGUAUUUGGUAUGGCAAGAGUUGGGAAAAGUACAUUUCUGAAUAUAGUUAAUGAUCCAGAGAAUAUUAUUAUUACUUAGCAUAAGAAGUUUGAUGUAAAAGUAAAGAAUAAUAAAAUUCUGUUGUCUCAUUCAAAUGGUAGUUAAACAUUUUAGACAGAAAAUUUGGAGAUUGGUGAUUUUAUAUUUGUUGAUACUCCUGGAUUACAUGAUACUUAUUAUAUUAAUAGAGGUAUUAAUCAUUUCAAUAUCUUUAAUUCAAUAACUAGAGUAAGUUAACAAAUUAUAUUGUUGAUGAUUGAUGGAGAACAGCUUUAAACAACUAAAAAUGAUUUAAUCGAUUCAAUAACUAUAAUUAAUAACAUGCUAGGAAAAUAAAAAGACGAACAUCUUGAAAAUUUUAUCAUUCCUGUAUUCACUAAAAUUAGAAAUGCUUCUACUAUAGAAGAAAUAAUUAUCAAAUGGUAAACUGAGACAAUGAAAGAUAUUACAGAUCAGAAAUAAUUAAAAAUUUUGAAUAUCAUUAAAAAAGCACUAGAUCAAGAAAAUUAUAUCAAAAUUUAUUAGGCAGAGUGCUAUGAAAUCCAUGAAGAAGUGCAGUAAUUGGAAUCAGAAAUUAAAAAGUUAGAAGCUUAAUAUAUUGAUCUUGAUGAAGAGAAAGUGGAAGACCGCUAGGCACUAAAAGCAUAAAUCAAACUAAAAAGAUAGAAGUUAAAAGAUCUGAGAUAAGAGAAUUUAUUCUUAAAAAAAAUACAAAAUAUUAGGGAAGAUGUUUUAGAGAAAUGUUAAAAUUUGUUACAAAGGAGGGAAGAAAUAUUGUAAGAAAAUUAAGAUAUUGUUUUGAAUUUUGAAUUCUAGUUAACUCCUGAAUUGAAGUAACAUAUAGAUAAGUUAUUACCUCAUCGAACCAAAUUUUAUCAACAUCACUUAACCAUUAUAACAAAUAAUUUAAUUGCUACAAUGCUUUUUGAUGAUUCCAUAAGUAUAAAUGAUAAGGUUAGUGAAUUAUAUAAAUUAAACAAUAUGAAAAUUGACAGAAUUUCAGAUAUACCAGGCAAUCUAAUUAGUUGUGAAAUAUAAAACCAGAUUAAAGAACUUGAUUGUAUUAAAAAUAUCAUGAAAAUAUCUGAUGAAACUAUGGAUCCUUAAAAAGUUGAUUUUAAAUAUUUUUUAACUUAAUGCAGAAUUCUUUUUGAACCUAUUACUGAUUCUGCAUCUAUUCAUCAUGAAGGAACAGAAAUUCUGUAUUAUUCUUGGAAAAAAUUAGGUGAUAUUAAAAAAAUUGGAUGGCUAAUACCUACUGUUUUUGUAGCAUGCUAUCUUAUUCCUGCUAUUUCAAUAUCAGCAGUGUGUGAAUUAGUCAGAAAAAGUGUUUUUGUAAGUGAUAUAGAAAACGAAAAAUAAGAGAAACUAAAAUUCUUAAAGAUUCAGAAAAACUAUGAAACAUUAGUCAAGAUAGGAAGUAGAUGA